UUUAUCAUGGCUUCUGCGACGAAACGUGUGAAUACCCAACAACAGAAUCGCGCCCCAGCACCUAUUAUUCCUUCCUUCGGCUAUGAUUAUUCCGUGCACGCAAAAAUUCGCCGCAAUUCGGAUCACUCAAUCCCUCCCAGGACUCCGGCUGAUUCAUCUAAGGUGGUUUCCCAAGCUACCUCGCAUACUGACCUUGGGGCCAGUAUCUCCACAGCCACCAGUCGAAGCUUUCCAACUGGACAAAUAUCCAGUUUUGCCAUACGACGAAAGGAGUUUACCGCAGCACAGUCUCUGGCUGAUAACAGACCCAAGUCUAGUGCAUCAGGUACGGACCAGUUGACCAGGCCCGAGUCGAUGUAUUUUCCCUAUACCAGUGCUACUGCGUGCAAGCCAGAAUCUUUCUCUCCCAUAGUGGUUCCUCCGGAAAGUGGGCAAAGCAAAGUGGAAAAUUUGCUUGCCAGCUUAACAAUAACUGAUGAAAAGUUUGAUCAAAGGCUCCCAACCUUUGCAACUCCAUCCGUACGAGGUAAGGAACCAGACAGCAAAACCGCCCAACCCGUAUUGCAACAGCCGUCCUUCGGUCAACAGCCCUUUCAACAGCAGUUCCAACAACUACCCUCGACAAUCUUCCCUAUUUUAGUCCCAGCGCCUAACAUGCAACAUGUGCAGGCACCAUAUGUGUUACUGGCGCAACACAACCAAGUUCCCGAGACGCUACAAGGGCGGUUAACGGGGCCCCCUCAUCCUGAAGGUUAUGCCUCAUCCCCGUACCCACAACAGGAGUCAGUUCUCGGAAUAUUCGCCAAUCAGUCAGCUAGCAUUAAUCCAGCACAUUUCCUCAAUCAACCACAAAACACACAACGGCCUGCAAACCUUGAAACAUCACAAUCUCUAGCCCCAAGCCCGGCGAUUAUACAGCCUCAAAUAGCCAUCGUGGCUACCGAUCCAGCAGCGCUGAGUGCUCUGUUGUCGGGUGGCUUAUUUGCACAGUCGUUUUUACAACCAGUAGUUUGGGCUUCACAACAGCCUUUUGGAAUCCCUGACUAUCAAGUUUCGGACACAUCUACUGCAGUCAAUUCAAGCACAAACAGCUUGCCUCGUGGGCAGAUUGGUUGGGCUUCCACUCCGAUAGCACCCUAUGACAAACCAAUGUUGGCGCGGCAAUCGCAUACUCCUGUUGUACCUUCAGCGAUGGAGAAUAGGCCCCACUCCGAUGAAUCGACGACUCGGCAUUCGCCACCAAUCUUCAGUCCAAUCACAACGAAUAGACCAAGUUCAUACUCUAAGCCACUAACAGACUUCACUCCAAGUGGAUUGGAAGGCACACAAGUCCGUGAAAAUCAAUUAAAACCCGAUGUGAUAAUUCAGGCUAAACACUCAACCACUCGACAAAAAGGUACAGUGAUGAAAAGCUUGACAGAUAAUGAUAACAACAGAGAGUCGAAAGCGAUGGUGACUCCACCGGAAGGCUUCAUGUCCACAACGCGGCCUGAUCUUUUGAAAGGUAGUGUUUUUGCUGCGGAGGCGAAGCACGUUGCCCUACCAACCGUACCAACAUACCGGGAACCGAAGAAACUCAACCCUAGAGAACUUUUUGGACAAUUACUAAAAUCCUCGGAAAGCGGAACUGGGAAAACCGGGAGGGAACAGAAAGAUGUCCCAACAGCUGCGGGUUCAGACAGGCACCCAAGGUGUAGAGAUCCUAACUCAAUCAGUGCAUAUUACGAAAGGAUGAAACUGAGGAUCGCUGGAAAGUCAAUCGCGGAAAAGGAGCACCACACUGCUGCAAAGUCAGCCACUGCAAGGCCGUUUCCAUCUGGCCCCAGACCAAUAGCAUCAGGUACACCAAGAGCGGAUCCAAACUACACAUCAGCUUGUUCAAAAGACUUAAACAAUAACCUCAUGGUGGCUAGUCGUGACCAACUACGUUCCUCCGUACACCUACUUGACGAUACCACGAGUCAAGGGAACGUGACGAAAGACCCAUCUGUUAUGACGGUAGCAGAGCGCGCAAGGCGGUGGAUAGAGAAGCGGGAGAAAGAUAUUAGUGGGAGUAAAAGAUACUCCACGUGUGGCUUUAUUGAUCAGGAUCUGAUUGACUGUGGCGAACUUGUACCAGUCGAGGAUAGAGUAAGAAUGUUUGACAGUUGUAAUGCUACCGGAGGGGAAUCGGAGGAAAUGCUCGACGACAAACCUCAUAGGAGUCCAAAGGUUUGCGAAAGAGUUGCUUCCGUUGUUUCUUCAACUGUUUGUGGUGCACGGAAAACAGCCGCAGUUCAGAGAGCUUCAGGGUAUUUUGGGGCUCCAUUACCAUAUCGUCCCGCUACUACCGCGAACAAAACCUCGAUGGACUGGCCGUGUACAAGAGCUCUGACUUCAGAAUCAAACAGCAGUAAGGUUAACUACGCUUCGGGACUAACUUCAGACACGCUUGGUGGGAGCACUCACUCCCGGCAGUCAGAAGGGGAUGAACUAACUCGUGAAAAACGUCGAUUAUUCAGCAAUGCGCAAGCAUCCAACAGAAACCAUACUAUUCGCCCUGCGCAUCGACGGACGACCCAACCAGUCACCCUUGAUGAUUUGGCGAAGGCAAACCAAAUAAUCUUAUCCCGUUUAGAAGGAUACAUUCCAGAAUCUCCGUCAAGCCUUUCCAGAUAUGACGAUAACGAAAGUUUGGGCUUCCAGGAACGUGUAUCAGAAAUAUCCACUCCGGAAGCCAGUAUACUAGGUAAGUAA